ACUCCUAACAAGUUAGUUAUAAUGGGAAGAAACCGCACCAAUUCACCAAGUCAUCGUGAAUCUACAGCUUACACUGCAUCAAAGUGUAACGACCCAAAAUCGAUCGAAAUUCUACGUGAUUUUUGUAGAGAAGAAGCCGUAUCGCCGCUCGAUAAUCGCGGCGAUACGAUUCUCCAUUUUAUCGCCAUUCACGACAAUGUGAGUGUGGUAAAAUUACUCAUCGAGGAAGGGUUAGUAAGCAGUCGAGAUUUGAGAAUUAAAAAUAAAAAUGGAAAUACGGCUUUGCACGAAGCUGCUAAGUUGGGACGAUUAGAAAUCGUUAAGGUGUUGGUGAGUUUGGAUAGCGAAAUUGUAUUGGAGAGGAAUAAAAAGGGAGAGACACCAAUUUAUGUUGCUGGUAUGAAUGGAGAAAAAGAAGUGUUCACUUUAUUGGCAGAUAAUAAUUUGUGUGAUGAAUUUAGUAUGAUAAGGGACGAUGGAAGCACCGUACUUCAUGCAGCCAUAAAUCAUGAGUAUUAUUAUUUUGCAAUACAAUUGUUGAAAAUGUAUCCAGAAUUAGCCAGAAAACUUGACCAAAAGGGUUGGAGUGCAUUAAAUAUAUUGGCCACAAAGCAUUUGUCUUUUAAGAGUGGAUCCAUCUAUACAGUAGAACAAAUGGGAACUGCCCCUUUUCUUCCUGUGCAGGCUUCUGAAACCUUAAUGUAUCUCUGCAUACCAGCAUUGUAUGAAGAGUCAAAACCUAAUCACAACUUGGAGGAUCCACAGACUACUACUACAGAUGUCCUCAUUAAAAGAAAAAGAUCUCCAUUUGUUAACUUCCUACUAGGUAAUGCAUGGGUUGGAGCAAUUGAUGAUGAAAAGCAAAAACAUAUUCUUGCAUUAACAUUAGCAAGAAGAUUGAUUAAGGAAGAAGAUUGGAGUUUUUAUGCAAAUAGUUGUGUGGAAAAUCCAUUAAUACAAGCAACAAAACUUGGUAUAAACGAAUUAAUUGUGGAAAUUAUACAAAAUUACCCUCAAACAGCAGAAACUAUUGAUGAAGAUGAAAAAAAUAUACUACAUAUUGUAGUAGAACAAAAAAAUAGGUUUAUAUUUGAUUACUUUAUGAAAAAUGUAUCACACGUAGAUAGGUUGCUUGAUGAUGUUGAUCAAGAUGGAAAGACCAUAUUGCAUUUUGCUGCAAGUGUUGGAUCACCAUUCACAUUUUCUACAGCGGAACCACCAAUUGGAAAAACAACAAGAGGUUAUAAAACAUUGAUACUCAUGGCAUGGGGUGUACUAUGGUUUAAGCGUGUAAAAUAUUGUGUUCAUCCACGUUUAUGGACGAUGAAAGACAAUAAAAACAUGACUGCAAAAGAGCUAUUUGAUACAAAUCAUUCAAAUGUUUGCAUGGAAGCAGAGAAAUCAAUAAAAGAUUUAGCAAAUCCAGCUCUCAUUCUAUCAACACUUCUCUGCACAAUCAACUUCGCCGCGGUUUUUACAGUUCCAGGAGGCUUUGAUCAAGAAUCUGGUAUACCUAUUCUCCUAAAAAAACCACAACAUUCAGAUUUAUGGAUGUUGAUGUUUUUCUUAGGUGCAGCACUUUAUGAUUCAGUAUUCACAAUGGGAACUGUUCUAUCAAUACUUCUCUCAAAGUUUGAUUCAGAGGACUUUUAUAUUGCAUUGCCAGUGAAGUAUUGCACAGUACUUAUUUCUGUGUAUUAUGCAACAGCAUUCACAGUUUUGGGUUGUGUACAAGCUCUAAAUGUUGAGAAUAUAUUCAUGGACAAAGAUGUUUGGUGGCUACUUUUUCUUUUAUUGGUACUUGGAUGGUAUAUGGGUUUGAUAGUCCUAGACAUAUGUUAUAUUGUCUUUGAUUAUGUCUACUAUUUCCUUUGCUAUUCCCUUCAUUAUAAUGGGAACAAACAUGUAAUGUGAUUUAUUACUAUUUCCUCUGUCGCAAUUUAUGUAACACACUAACAUUGGGCAAUUUGAGUUUCGUCAUCUCUUGUUUCAGGUUUCAUUUAUAUGAAGACUUUGUUCAAGUUUUUUCUGAGA